AUGGCAGUUGGGGAUGGCUCCCUGCUGAAGGAGGCAGGGAGCUCCAUUUAUAGGGAAAUAGCCUCCAGUAUUGGGGCUCCCCUUGAGGGGAAAAAGCCCAGUCGGUACUGGGGGAAGCGGAAACUUACUUCAACCUUAAAGCGGGAAAUGUUUGAAGGCAGGUCUGAAAAGAUUUUGAAACAUCGAGCCUCAACCAGCGUCCCCCCACCCCGGCCGCUGUGCCAGCCUAAGGGCUGGCAGAGCGUAGAGAGGCGGAACUUUUUGGUCCAGGUCCCAGCUGGAAGAAAACGCUAUUCCCUUUGGAAACGGCGUCAAGAAUUUCAGGAAAAAUGGAUGAACCUCAGUCUUGAGACUUCGGGAUUUAGAAGUCGCACAGAGGAAUCGAUGCUAGUGCCCCGCGGGAUGCCCCCCACCAUCUACGUUCCUCUGGGGCCAGAGGGCCACGAAUUCACCCAGCUCAUCACUCUGGGUCUUCCCAGAACCUGCCAGGCCCCCAGGCAAAACCCCCAAAUUCUCCUAGGCGGGGGUGUCAUCGUUCAGGUGCCGAGCAAUCUGAUGUUUUCAUCCCGGGAGCCCCGUCGCCUAUUGCUUCAAAAGGGGAAGCAACCCCACUCAGACCAAGCCCCGCGUGCCAUGAGCCCGGCCACCAUGGAUGCCCUGAACUUCUCCGAGGACGAAUUUAACAACCUGGACAUGAGCGAGUUCACCAACUACAUGGACGGCAACAACUUCAGCGAGGUGCCCCCGCUCCUCUCGGGCGAGUUCGUGUGCCCCCAGGAGGUCGGGGGCCGGGACCCCCUGGGCCCCUUCAAGGCGGCGUUCGUCCCGGCGGCCUACACGCUGGUCUUCCUCCUGGGCACGGCGGGCAACACCCUGGUCCUGGUGGUCCUGGAGCGGCACCGGCGGGCCCGCAGCUCCACCGAGACCUUCCUGCUCCACCUGGCCGUGGCCGACCUCCUGCUGGGGCUGACCCUGCCCUUCGCCGUGGCCGAGGGGGCCGCCGGCUGGAUCUUCGGCCUGGCCCUCUGCAAGCUGGUGAGCUCCGUGCACAAAGUCAACUUCUACUGCUCCAGCCUGCUGCUGGCCUGCAUCGCCGUGGACCGCUACCUGGCCGUAGUGCACACGGUCCACGCCUACCGCCGGCGCCAGCACCGCUUCUCCGUCCACGCCACCUGCGGGGCCGUCUGGCUCCUCUGCCUCCUCUGCGCCCUCCCCGAGCUGCUGGUGGUGGAGGUCGGCCCCGCGGGGGCCAACGGGACCCUCCUGUGCAGCUUCCCGGCCCACCUGGGCCUGCUGGGCAGCGACGUGCGCCUGGCCUCCCGCUUCCUCUACCACGUGGGCGGCUUCUUCCUCCCCGUGGCCGUCAUGGGCUGGUGCUACGCGGCCAUCGUGCGCUCCCUGUGCCGGGCCCAGCGCCGGCCCCAGCGGCAGAAGGCCAUCAAGGUGGCCAUCGCCGUCACGGCCAUCUUCUUCCUCUGCUGGUCCCCCUACCACGUGGUCAUCUUCCUGGACACCCUGGUCAAGCUGGAGGCCGUGAGCCGGUCCUGCCGGCUGGACCGCCGGCUGGGCGCCGCCAUCACCGUCUGCGAGUUCCUCGGCCUGGCCCACUGCUGCCUCAACCCCCUGGUCUACGCCUUCGUGGGCGUCAAGUUCCGCAGCGACCUGCUGCGCCUUCUGGCCGACCUGGGCUGCGUGGGGCCCAAGCGGCUCCGCCGCCUCCUGCCCAGCGGGCACCGGGCCAGCAGCUCCGAGUCCGACAACGCCACGUCCCUCACCACCUUCUAG